GUUAGGUGGUCUGGGAGGAGAUAGGGAGGUUCGAUCCCUGGACCGGCACGGCCUUGGGAGGGCACACUUGGGCACCGGAUGGAAGCGCCGCGCGCCCGCACUCGGAUCCUAGCGCCGGACUGCGCCCCCGGGGCGGAUCGACCGCGCGCCCCCGGCCUGCCGCGGAGACGGCGGGAUCGAAGCUCGGGCAGCGGGGCGGCGGCCGGCAGGAAGGAAACGCGGGUUUGGGGGCGGGCAGAGGGGCCGCUAGGGCUCUUGGGGAGGUGGGGCCGGACCAGCGGAGGGGUUUGGGGGUGCGCGCGUGGGACCCCGGGCUCGGACCGCGCGCGCCCCGAGCCGCAGGUAACACAUAGAAGAAAAGUGUGGGGCUCCGCAAGGGGCGCACCCCCCAAAAUUUCAGAGCAGGGGGACGGGACCUCCCCUCCGCCCGCCCCCGGGCAGCUGGGCCCUCCCAGAUCCCGCCGGAUCUCGGAGCCGCGCGCCCCCCGGCGGCGCAGGACAUCAGCCACUACCAGCGGGAAAGGACCGGCCACCCGGACGGCGCUGACGGGGCUCCCUGGGCGGGGCCGAUCCCGGGGAGCCCCCCCUCCUCCCGCCCAGCCCCCCAAAGCUCGGUGGGCAACCGGGAUUCCAGCCCGCCGCCAGGUCCUGCUUCUCGGUGAAGUCUUGCUGCGCUUGGUGCGUGAGGGGUCUCCCAGCUCCAGAAAGCCCAAGGUGCCUGUGGCCGGCACAUUCCUCAGGAAAGUGCUCCUGAAACUGCUCUUUGGGCGUCGAGGCCCAAGAUGGGCGCCCGGCCCUCGCGGCGGCUGCCCGCCGAGCCAGCCCUGGCCUUGGACGCGCUGCCCCCGGAGCUGCUGGUACAGGUGCUGAGCCACGUGCCGCCGCGAGCCCUGGUGACGUGCUGCCGUGCCGUGUGCCGCACCUGGCGCGACGUGGUGGACGGGCCCACCGUGUGGCUGCUGCAGCUGGCCCGCGACCGCAGCGCCCAGGGCCGUGCCCUUUACGCGGCCGCCCAGCGCUGCCCACCGGCCCGCGACGACGAGGACGAGUUUCCGCUCUGCGCCCUGGCGCGCUACUGCUUGCGCGCGCCCCUGGGCCGCAACCUCAUCUUCAACUCCUGCGGAGAGCAGGGCUUCAGAGGCUGGGAGGUGGAGCACGGCGGGAAUGGCUGGGCGGUGGAAAAGAACCUAAUCCUGGUGCCUGGGGCUCCUUCUCAGACCUGCUUUGUGACUUCUUUCGAAUGGUGCUUCAAGAGGCAGCUGGUGGACUUGGUGAUGGAGGGUGUGUGGCAGGAGCUGCUGGACAGCGCCCAGAUCGAGAUCUGUGUGGCUGACUGGUGGGGUGCCCGAGAGAACUGCGGCUGCAUCUACCGGCUCCGGGUGCGCCUCCUGGACGAGUACGAGAAUGAAGUGGUCAAGUUCUCAGCUUCCCCCAACCCAGUUCUUCAGUGGACUGAGAGAGGCUGCCGCCAGGUCUCCCACGUGUUCUCCAACUUCGGCAAGGGCAUCCGCUACGUGUCCUUCGAGCAGUACGGGCGGGACACGCGGUCCUGGGCAGGACACUACGGCGCACUGGUCACUCACUCCAGUGUGCGGGUCAGGCUGCGCCUGUCCUAGCCGCUCGCCCGCCGCCACCACUGUGGGCAGGAACCGAAGGAUGCCCAGGGGCAGCGGGGGUAUGUGUGUGCCAGGUGGCCUGUCCUUGGCACGGUGCCCAGGAACCCCACUUGCUGCUGCUUCAGCAUGCCGGCCUCUGUGUGCCCUGUGACAAAUCAGGGACUCAGCUGUUCCCAGCUUCCUCGGCCUCCAGGCUGGGGAUGGCAGGUGUUAAGGACCCAACGCCUGGGACGGGUCUGCCAGUGACAUCAGCUGUCGGCGAACCAAGCAGAAAAGUGGUCGCCUAUGCUGGCCUCCUCCCCAGGGGGCUUCGAGAGGCCCAUCAGGACAAGGACUGGGGUGUCGCCAGAGUGAGCUGACUGUGGGCGGGGAGCAGGCGUGAGGGUUCAUUAGGGGGCCAGUCUGUCCUUGAGAGGAGGGACAGGGCCACUGAAGAAAACCCUAUUUGGGAGAGCCGGGAUGCAAACUCCCUCUUGGGCCAGCACAGUACUGGGGCAGUUCCGGGGCCGAUCUGUGUCCCUCUGCCUCCCAGGAUACACCCCCAUGGACACGGCAAAGGGGAGAGCUCUGGGCCUGGCUCCCCUGACUCUCCCACUGGCACAGCCACCGGUCAAUAAAAUGGGUGCCAAAUGAGAGGUGCUGGGCCGUGAUUGGCGCC